AGAAUAUCCCGAAUCCACUUCUCUCCAUGCUUGGGUUCUAAGUGCAAAAAAAAGGCCUUUUGUUAGAGCGCCGAGUAAAGGCAGCAAUCCCACCUCCGCUUACUUGAAAUGAAUCGGGCUUCCUUUUGAAUCAAUAAAUAUAUGUCCCAUCAGCAGUCUUUCUACUAGGGGGAUUAGUUCCUCAUCAGUCUAUCGCUCCCAGUUCUCAGACUAUUUUAACUUCUAUACAUCAUGGAUACCGAACAGAUUAUGGAGGGCCAGCCACAGGUUCCAGAAAAUCCACAUGCAGAAUAUGGCCUUACAGAGAAUGUAGAGCGGAUAGUGGAAAAUGAGAAAGCAAGUGCAGAAAAAACAUCAAAGCAGAAAGUGGAUCUUCAGUCAUUACCUACACGUGCAUAUCUGGAUCAGACGGUUGUGCCUAUCUUAUUACAAGGCCUUGCAGUCCUUGCAAAGGAGAGGCCUCCAAACCCUAUUGAAUUCUUAGCAGCAUAUCUGUUAAAAAAUAAGGCACAGUUUGAAGACAGGAAUUAAAGACAUCUGGAGAGCGACAAUUGAUUGCUGUGUUAUGUACUAAAAACAUGAAUCAUUGUCUGAUACAUAAAUCAUGCAGAACCAAAAUUCUCAUGUACAGAUCAUUUACUGAAUUAUUUAAUAAAAUACCUUACAUAAAUGA